GGGAGGGAAGGGGAAAGGGUGUGCUAACUCAAAACAUAUCAGGUUUGUUUCUGCUUUGACUGCUUACAAAACUAGUGACCUGAAGAAUCUGCGAGUGCUUUUCUGAAAUAUUUAGUUAAGCACUGUGAAACUACAAAGAUGUCAUCUCUGCACAAGAACUUGCUAAAAUCAGGCUUGCCCCCAAGAAUACCUAAUAAUAUGCGAGGCACAGGACGGUCUAUGGAGAGCAGGAAGAAAAAUUACACACCAGUGCCAUUCAGCAAGUAUUUUGAUAGUUGCGAAGAUGUUCGUGUCAACGGAAACUCAUUUAGAGUCUAUCGACUGGGCUCUGUUGGGCCUGUCCUAUUUCUUCUGCACGGUGGCGGGUUUUCAGCUCUAACCUGGUCGUUGUUUGCGGCCUCUGUUACCUCUAUGGCUGAAUGCCAGGUACUAGCUAUGGACAUUCGAGGACAUGGAAACACUCGCACUGAAGAUGAUGAAGAUUUGUCUGGUUUUACUAUGGCAAAGGAUGUUGGAGAUGUACUUCAUGCCUUGUAUGGAAGUUUGGAGGGUGAUGCUCCACCCAUUGUUCUCAUGGGACAUAGUAUGGGAGGAGCUGUGGCUGUUAGGGCAGCUUCUGAGGAUUUCAUUCCUGGACUGGCAGGCUUAGCAGUCAUUGACGUUGUAGAGGGCACUGCCAUGGAUGCGCUAACCAGUAUGCAAAGCUUUUUGCGAGGAAGGCCAAAGAACUUCCGUUCAUUAGAACAGGCCAUUGAGUGGUGUGUUCGGACUGGACAAAUUCGAAAUGUUGAAUCUGCCAAGGUAUCAAUGCCUGGACAGUUAAGAAACAUUAAAACUGGAGAGCUCUCUACCUCUGACAUUUCAGAAAAUGUUGAGCAACAAGAGGGAUCUUCAGAUAAACUUCCUGAGAAGGAAUCUGCAAGUGAUAGUAUACAAGAGGAGGAUGAGUCAUCUCCUGAUUUCAAAGCCCCACCAGUGCUUCCUCCUGUGGAUAGUGCUGCUCUAUAUACCUGGCGAAUUGACCUCACACGAACUGAAAAGCAUUGGUCAGGGUGGUUCCAAGGCCUGUCAUCCAGAUUUUUGAGUGUGAACUGCCCCAAAAUGCUAUUGUUAGCUGGUAUAGACAGAUUGGACCGAGAACUCACAGUAGGGCAAAUGCAAGGAAAAUUCCAGAUGCAAGUUUUGCCUCAGUGUGGUCAUGCAGUGCAUGAAGAUGUACCUGAAAGAGUGGCUGAAGUGCUAGCAAACUUUUUAGUCCGGUAUAAACUAGCUGAACCUACUUCAAAUUUCCAUGUGUCAUUACCAGGAUGCUAAAAAGUACAAUCCCAAAUGUGUUUUUUUUUUUUAAAUACUUAGAGGCUGUGUGAAGUGCAAAGCCCUUCUGUUUGCAAGUUGAAACUUUCUUGGGAACCUGCAUUGGUAAUUAUGUUCUUUUUAUCAUGGAAAUCAAAUCUGAGAGUCUUCAUGUUGCAGAAGGCAAGUAUUCUCUGAAUGUGUAAAAAUGUACAUACUGAUAGUUUUAAAUUUUAUUAACUAGGCAUUUACAUUGACCCUAAGGUUAUUUGUUUCUUUUUAAGAUAUGUUGUUGUGCAACAGGUAAAUAACAUAUUUAUUAAAAUUUAUUUUUUAGAAUGUUUUGUGAAACAGUAUUGCUUGUAGGGUCUUCUGGUACUUAACGAUAAUUUACGGUGUGGGUAGGUCGGCAUUAGCACUUUGUGAGAUGCUAAUCUUGAUGUUUGAGGAAUUGUGAUCUUCUGUAAUUAUGAAUUUUGUUUCAUUCUCUUUAGCAAAAGUUUGUCUUUAUUAGGCUUCAGAAAACUCAUCUUUUUUGUCUACAUUUGCCAAAGCAAAAAGAAAAAUGUAAUUUUUGAACGUUAACAAAAAUGGAGAAAAUAAAUGAUGCAUUAAAACAA